CAGGUACACGAACGAACCUAUCCACCGGGGCAUAAACGGACUUAUAUACGUAGCAGCAGGAGCUCACCACCAGCUGGACGUGGUUAUGCGUGGCUCGGUGACGGACGGCCUGUGCCAGGGACUCUGGCACAGGCAAUUGGCCAAGCAACGGCGGCGCAUGGCCAUCCUGUCGACUGCCAUUUCCGACAGUCCGGGGCAGCUUUGCAGGUUCAUCUCCUUGCGCGGCGGGACGACACCGUCAGCUCGUCACUGCAUAUUUGCUUGCUGGCUCGACGCAGCCGACAGCUGGCCGCCGAGACGAGACGGGAUGGAUGAUUCACGUCCCUCCUCCCGUCACCAGUCAGUCACGAGCCUGACCCCGGGCCGCAGCUUACCUAAUAGCCGCUAGUGGGCGCGCGGCCCUUGGUCCGCCUCGCCUCGCCUGGGCUGUGGCCUGGCCUGGCUCGGGGCGGCACACCCACCACCACCUCAGACCUCCUAAAUCAACCCACACAGCCAGCGGCCAGCCGCUACCAAAUGCUGUCAUUUGCAAUCAACCAAAUUCCAAUCUCGAGCCUUUUGGUCGCUGUGCCCCCCUCCCCCUCGGCCUCGUCUUGCUUGCUCCCCCGCGUCCCGGCCGGCCUCGCUCAACAGCUGCCAUAGCAUCACCCGCCAACGGCCUGCCUGCCUGGUCCCGGCCGAGGCGUCCCUCGCUCGUGCCUGUCGGGACGGCCAGCAAGGUCGGUAAGUCUCUGGAUCCCUCCACCCCCAUCCGCCCCCCUCUUCCCAUCGUGGCCGUUGAGGUGCAGCUGCUCGCCGCUGCCCGCACCGCAGCACCCGGCAACGCCUUGAACAGCUUGGUGUCCCGCCAACCAGGGAGGGUAGCUGCUGCUGCUGCUGCUGCGUCUGCUGCGUCUGCGUCUGCGUCAGGCGGCUCUGUCCUCGUUUGUCCCCGCGAGUCCCAAACGCCCGUGGACCAACGCUCUGGCCCCGACCAUUCGCUGACCUCUGAUGCAGAAUUGUGGCUCUUGGAGCCCGACGACACGAGCCACCUCUGUUACUCUGCUCCCCGAGACCGCCCCGUCACAUACUCGGCUCCUGAGAGAUAUAUACGUGCGGCCUCGUCGACGACGCUGCACCCGCUGCCGGUGUCUGCCGUCUCGACUUCCGUCCCCCCUCUCGUUCGCUUGGCGUGGCCGCUGCCGUGUGGAAGAGGCACCCUCGUGUAUAAUGAUAGAUGGGUGAAUUCACAAUGAUGUCGCCCGAUACAGUGUCGUCGCUGUUUCCCGAUCGGCCCAUUCGGCCCCUCCCCAAGAGGCGACUACGAGAACGCCUCUCGCCAGAGGCCGCAGGCUCGAUCAAGUAUCCGCCGUCGACCCUCGACAACGUCCCCCUCUUCUAUUACCCGCCGUACACGGCCAAGGACGACGGCGCGGCGGCCCAGGCAAACGGCGAGCCCGCCGCUGCCCUUGAGCACGGCCGGCGACCCGACCCGCCCUCCUUCCAGAGCCUGCGCAAUGGCGUCCGCCCGCCGGCUGGCGAGGAGCAGCAGAGCGGCCCGCGGAGCACGCUCAUCACCAGGCCCCAGCCGGACAUGCUGACGCGAGCGGCACGUCGUCCAUCUCGACCGGACCCGGCCCGCGCGGCCGAUCCUCAGCCGCCCCCAUCCGCAACGUCGUCGGUCGACGGCUACGACUCGUUUGAGAACAGCAAUAAGAAGAAGCGGAAAAUCCCAUCUGCAAGCGACUCGGUUCUGAAUGGGGCUGGCUCUCUGAGCAGCGAUCUCAGCUCCUUGGGCAUCUCUGGAAACGCACAUUCGCCCACGGACGACGCCGGCGAGAGGCUCCACCACGGCUCUGCUGGAUAUUCGGCUCCCGGCUCCUACGCAUCGGCCAAUCAAGGCUUCUCCGGGCCCGGUAGGGGGAGGCUGGGCCGCUCUCGAAACGGCAGAAGCCCUCUGCGCGCCUUGGCCGACGGUAACAGCGUCUGGCCAGGCCGGUCUUCCAAGGGCGGCACCUCGCCGUGGUCACCAGCACCUGAAGGCACGGGCAUCAUCUCCAGCGCGAUAGCCAACGCCGAGAAGCACCCGCCCCAGGGGCAGGAGAACGUGAGCCUACUGCAGCAGCACUCGGCGACGCCCAAACCCACGCCGGCGUCGACGCAAUUCACCUUUACUUGCGACUCUCAGGUACCGGGUACCGUGCAGUGGCCUGGCCACCCGAAUCGCCAUGCCAUGUCGGCACAAGCGUCUCCCCCCGGACCGAACGCGCCCAAUGGCGCGAAUCACGAGGCGGCUCCCGGGGCCGCUGGAACCAAGUCGGCUGGGCGACGCAAGUCUCGUCGACGUCUGGAUCGAGAGCUCGACGUGGCCGCUCGCCAACGCAAGCAGAUGGCGGCCGACAUUUACUACCACCAACCUCCCCGGCCGGAGGAUGUCUGGAUAUGCGAAUUUUGCGAGUUUGAGAGCAUCUUUGGCCGGGCUCCCCUCCGUCUCAUCCGAGACUACGAAAUCAAGGAUCGCCGCCACCGCCAAGAGGAGGCCGACCGCAAGCGACUGCUAGAGAAGGCAAAGGCCAAGAGCCGCAAGGCCAGAAAGUCGGGGAAGCCUCUCGGCAAGGGCGGACAUGGCACGCAGGCUCCCGAGGACCCUCGCCAGCCGGAUCCCCAGGACGACCAGGACGCGACCCCCAUGCAGCACAGCCACAGUCACUCGACGCAGUCCGAGGACGAGUACGAGGACGAUUUCGAGGACGAUUACCCGAGCCCUCCCCCUGAACGAGUUCCGCCGUUGGGAGACGGUCGAGGCGGCGUCCUGCCGAUGAGAUCGAAGCCAUAGGCGAUGUUUACGCCCCCGUCUGUUUGAGCGAUCACCGGGACAAUUGGCACAAUAUGUUGCGUGCGCUGUUCUACAACAUGGCUUGUUACUGCGAGCGGGCCCUGGGGCGACGCCGAACGAGCUCGCAGAGUGCAAAGCGCGUUGCUGCAGGGGCCGGGGAGUCGCCAAGGGGCUCUGCCCAAGGCAAACCAAUGAACGAGUGUAAGCUCAAGACACGGAGCUGGGACGGGUCGAACAUAUUACCACGGCGGUGGUGGCUGCAAGGCGGCAAAGUGUAUAUCUGCAUGGCAUGGACGAGUCAUUGCGUGGAUAGGCAACCUCGGUGGGGAGUUUGCCGGAGAAGAGGUCGUUGGGUGUGCCGACGGGGUGUGUCGCGGUCUUAUUGAAUCAUGUCCAGGAUAUGGCCGGUCUCAGGCAGGCCGGUGACUUUGGAAUGGCAGCGUGGACUGGACGCGGCUCGUCUGGACAUGGCAUAGUGUUGCGCAUCCGCUCCUGAUGGCGAGACGGGGAAGCGAGAGGCCGGCUCGACGUAGCGACUGGCAAGGUGGCUCAGGUGCCUGCAACGGCCGGUAUCCGUGUACCUAAACGCUGGAUAGGAUAGCAGCAUGCUUGUUAUAAGUGAAGCGUUGAGUUGCAUAUGGUUGUGUUUGGCCGAGACGUACAGCGAGGUGUGCCAGGUGCUGCCCGUUUGGGAAUAGCGCCGGAAUACGGGGGUUCCGUGGGCGGGUGGAUGGAAUCGACAGAUGGAGUCGGUCGGAGGGAUGCGA